GUGCUCUCUCUGCAGGAACUAGCAACCGCAAGGACGUACUGUACAGUGUUCCGUCUUUUUAGUGAACUUAACACUGUCUGACUGCGCUGCGCCUCCUUUGGCGUAAUGUGAGUGAAAACCACCAUAUUGAACUCGAGUAAUUUGGGAAAAACGUGCCUACAAGUGAAUACAGCAAAAUAAACUGAAGUCCCAACUAGGCUGUGUCAUACAGCUACGUAUAUUUGCAGCAGCCACAAUAUUAUAAACAGAAAUCUACCCAACUGUAAAAGGAAGAGAAGAAUGUUAUAUAUAUAUGGGUUGCCAUUUAAUACAUAACUUCCACGUUCCAGCAACAUGGAUAAAUUGGCUUAUCUUCAAUUAGUUUGAAUAAUAUGAAGGAAAGCCAGAGUUUAAAUUUACGUAAAGGGAAAAAAGUGGCUAUAUCACUGAAAUCAAGCGGGUCGUGGAGUCAGUGAAGACCCAACCAAAGUGACGUAAACACCAGUGGCAGCCAGUGGUUGACGAUGGCAUCCUGGCAGACUUCCUGGCGCUACCUCCCGCCCUUCUCUGUCUAUAUUGCAAGCCUGUGUAGGAUGAUCCGCAGCACACUGCUGGCCAGGACACGCCAUUUCUGUAAAUAUGUGGCUGGAGAAGGAAGGAGACAUGUGAUGCUGAUAAACUGUGUUUGCCUUACUCUAUUUUUCAUCAAGGUUACCCUCUUUAACUACAAAUGUGAUUAUAUGUCUCCUGCUAACGUGCCUGUCAACCUGAGUGCCAUCCACCUAAACCAGUUUCUGAUAGAGGAAGCAGACCUCUGUCACCGGCAUUCCAACCUGAGCUUCAUUGUCUAUAUUCACUCUUCACUGGGGAAGGUUGAAAAGAGACAGGAGACCCGCCUGACUUGGGCAUCGGCUGGACUAUACGACUCCAGCGUGAAGAUGGCAGUGGUGUUCAUGGUGGGCCAGGCAAAGACCAAGGAGGAAGAGAUCAUUCUGAGGGAGGAAAGCCAACGCUAUCAGGACAUUGUGCAGGGUAACUACACAGACACCUAUCACAUGCUGAGCUACAAGGGCUUGGCAUCCCUGAGCUGGGUCACAAAGCACUGCUCCCAUGUGCCAUGGACCAUACACGCAGAUGACGAUGUCCUCAUUGAUAUAUUUCUCCUCAAAAAGUUCUUAGAAAACAAUGGUACUCAGAGUAGCUUUUUUUGUUAUCCUUGGGAGAACUCCCCAGUGAGGAGGUAUGGCAAGUGGUGUGUGCGGCAGAAUGAGUAUGAAGAAGACAUUUAUCCGACCUAUUGUGCGGGUGGGGCGUGGGUUGUAGCAACAUCCCUGGCACCCAGACUCUUGGAGGCAGCCACUAGGGUUCCUGUGCUGUGGGUGGAUGAUGUGUACCUCACUGGCAUACUGUCCAAGAAUGCUGAAAUCCCAGUGUCCGACAGCUUGAAAAAUAGUGUUAGAAGGAAUGGUAUUGAUAAGGGAGACUUAGGAAAGACAGUUAUAUGGUUUGAAACCAGAAAACCAAGAACAAUAUGGUGGUAUGAAUUAUUAAGUUUUCACAGCUAUGUGCCAACAAUAGAUGUGUAAUGAAAUGCAUUUGUAUAUAUGUAUGGAAGUACAACUAACUUAUUUUACCCCUUUCUUGCCAGUAUUUAAAUCAACUUAAGAGUACAUAUUGUGUGCAUUUAUAGGAUUACUACAGUGUAACAUUAAAAUAUUUUUUUAAA